AUGGCUCCAGCCAUCGGUAUCGAUCUAGGUACUACCUACUCAUGUGUGGGCGUCUUCCGAGAUGACCGCAUCGAGAUCAUCGCCAACGAUCAGGGCAACCGGACUACCCCCUCGUUCGUUGCUUUCACCGACACAGAGCGUCUGAUCGGCGAUGCCGCAAAGAACCAAGUCGCGAUGAACCCCCACAACACCGUCUUUGACGCCAAGCGACUGAUUGGUCGUAAAUUCAACGACCCCGAAGUCCAAGCCGAUAUGAAGCACUUCCCCUUCAAGGUUGUUGACAGGGGUGGCAAGCCUGUCAUCCAGGUGGAGUUUAAAGGCGAAGAGAAGUUCUUUACACCUGAAGAGAUCUCCUCCAUGGUCUUGACCAAGAUGAGAGAAACUGCGGAGUCAUACCUCGGUGGCACAGUCAACAACGCAGUCAUUACUGUCCCUGCCUACUUCAACGACUCUCAGCGCCAAGCCACCAAGGAUGCUGGUCUGAUCGCCGGCCUCAACGUCCUGCGUAUCAUCAACGAACCCACUGCUGCCGCCAUUGCCUACGGUCUUGACAAGAAGGCUGAGGGCGAGCGCAAUGUCCUCAUCUUCGAUCUUGGUGGUGGUACUUUCGAUGUCUCACUCCUGACCAUCGAGGAAGGUAUCUUCGAAGUCAAGUCUACCGCCGGCGACACUCACCUGGGUGGUGAGGACUUCGACAACCGUCUUGUCAACCACUUCGUUAACGAAUUCAAACGCAAGCACAAGAAAGAUCUUAGUUCCAAUGCCCGAGCCUUGCGCCGUCUCCGCACCGCCUGUGAACGCGCCAAGCGCACGUUGUCCUCAUCGGCUCAAACCUCAAUUGAGAUCGAUUCCCUCUACGAAGGUAUCGACUUCUACACCUCGAUCACCCGAGCCCGAUUCGAAGAGCUCUGCCAGGACCUUUUCCGAUCCACCAUGGAGCCAGUCGAGCGCGUCCUACGUGAUUCCAAGAUUGACAAGUCAUCUGUCCACGAGAUCGUCUUGGUUGGUGGCUCCACUCGUAUCCCCAGAAUCCAGAAGCUUGUUUCCGACUUCUUCAACGGCAAGGAGCCUAACAAGUCGAUCAACCCCGACGAGGCUGUUGCCUACGGUGCUGCAGUCCAAGCCGCCAUCUUGUCCGGUGAUACCUCAUCCAAGUCUACCAACGAGAUCUUGCUCUUGGAUGUUGCCCCAUUGUCCCUCGGUAUUGAGACUGCCGGUGGUGUCAUGACUCCUCUGAUCAAGCGCAACACCACCAUCCCCACCAAGAAGUCCGAGACCUUCUCUACCUUCUCCGAUAACCAGCCUGGUGUGCUCAUCCAAGUCUACGAGGGUGAGCGUGCUCGCACCAAGGACAACAACCUCCUCGGCAAGUUCGAACUUUCCGGCAUCCCUCCUGCCCCGCGUGGUGUUCCACAGAUCGAGGUUACUUUCGACAUGGAUGCCAAUGGUAUCAUGAAUGUCUCCGCCGUGGAGAAGGGAACCGGCAAGUCCAACAAGAUCGUCAUCACCAACGAUAAGGGUCGUCUUUCCAAGGAAGAAAUUGAGCGCAUGCUCAGUGAGGCCGAGAAGUACAAGGCCGAGGACGAAGCUGAGGCCGCCCGUAUCGCUGCCAAGAACGGCUUGGAGUCAUACGCCUACUCUCUCAAGAACACUUUGGCCGACUCCAAGGUUGACGAGAAACUCGAUGCCUCUGACAAGGAGAAGCUCAAGUCUGAAAUUGACAAGAUCAUCUCCUGGCUCGACGAGAACCAGACUGCCACCAAGGAAGAGUACGAAUCUCAACAGAAGGAGCUUGAAGGCGUUGCUAACCCCAUCAUGAUGAAAUUCUACGGUGCUGGCGGUGAAGGUGGCAUGCCCGGUGGAAUGCCCGGUGGUGGUAUGCCCGGCGGUCCUGGUGGCUUCCCUGGCGCUGGUGGUGCUGGCCACGGCGAUGAUGGUCCAACUGUCGAAGAGGUUGACUAA